AUGUAUUCAUCUGAGAAAACUGAUAGCCAAAAGGUCAGUCCAGCUCCGGCUGCCGGCAUUUCGGUGAAUUCAGCAAACACUAAAGCUCCAAUUCCUUGGUCCUCCGGCCUCUUCGACUGCUUUGUUGAUCUCAGGAGCUGUCUUAUAACAUAUUGGUGUCCAUGCAUUACGUUUGGCCAGAUCUCUGAGGUGGUCGAUCAAGGACCCCAUUCCUGUGUAACAAAUGGAGGAAUCUAUGCACUGAUCCUGCUCUUCACAAGGUGUCAAUGCUUCUUCUCAUCUUUAUAUCGAACCAAGAUGAGGCAGCAAUAUAACCUGGAAGAGGGUCCCAUGGGGAUUUCCUUGUUCAUUGUUUGUGUGACCCAUGUGCCAUUUGCCAAGAGUACAGAGGCUGGAGAGCCGUGGACAUAA